AUGUCUUAUAAUUUUACACAACAGCCUACAACCAUUGGAACAGGGGGUGACUCCCUAACUACAGAUCUUAACACCCCGUACCAAUUGGCAAAUAUGCUAUGGCUAGGUGUUGGUGCAGCUGGUGUUUGGUUAAUGGUACCCGGUAUUGGUUUCUUCUAUUCAGGACUUUCAAGAAAAAAGCAUGCAUUAUCCCUUCUAUGGGCUUCUCUAAUGGCAGUUUCUGUUGUUAUUUUCCAAUGGUUUUUCUGGGGCUAUUCACUUGCAUUUUCUCAUAAUACUAAAGGCCACGGAUUCAUUGGCUCAUUACAGUUUAUUGGGUUCAGAAAUGUAUUAGGGGCGCCCUCAUCAGUUAGCUCCGUACCAGACAUUGUAUUUGCUGUGUUCCAAGGGAUGUUUGCAGCUGUUACAGGUGCAUUGCUGUUGGGUGGUGCCUUUGAAAGAGCAAGAUUUCUUCCUAUGAUGAUAUUUAUAUUCAUCUGGAUUACCGUAGUAUACUGUCCAAUUGCUUGUUGGACUUGGAAUGCAGAUGGUUGGCUAGCAGUGCUAGGUUCACUAGAUUAUGCAGGAGGUGGACCUGUACAUAUUGCAUCAGGUCAUGGCGCACUAAUCUACGCUUUGAUUCUAGGUAAAAGAAAUGAUCCUUUAACUGGGUCAGGGCUUCCAAAAUAUAAACCACAUUCUAUGACAUCAGUGGUUUUAGGAACAAUAUUUUUAUGGUUUGGCUGGCAAUUUUUCAAUCCAGGUUCUGCAGGUAAUGCCUCCAUUAGAGCUUGGUAUUCUGCUAUGUCAACAAAUUUAGCUGCUGCAUGUGGUGGUUUAACUUGGAUGGUUAUUGAUUAUUUUAGAUCAGGAGGUAAAUGGACAACCGUAGGGUUAUGCUCCGGAAUUCUAGCAGGAUUAGUUGGGAUUACUCCAGCUGCUGGGUUUGUACCAUUAUGGGCAUCAGUUAUCAUCGGUAUUAUAACAGCCAUUGGAUGCAACCUAGCAGUGGAUCUUAAAUUACUUCUUAGAAUUGAUGAUGGGCUGGAUGUUUGGGCACUUCAUGGUGUUGGUGGAUGUAUUGGAUCUGUCUUCACUGGUAUAUUUGCUGCUGAUUAUAUCAAUGCUACUGCAGGUGAAUAUAUAUCUCCUAUAAAAGGUGGUUGGAUUAACCAUCACUGGAAACAAGUUGGGUAUCAAUUGGCAGCGAUUUGUUCUACUAUUAUAUGGACAGUAGUUUGUACAGGGAUAAUUCUUCUAUUAAUGAAUCAAAUACCUCAUUUAAGGUUAAGAUUAAGGCCUGAGGAUGAAGAAUUAGGUACCGAUGAAGUAGAAAUUGGUGAAUUUACUUAUGAAGAGCGUGUAAUUUACACACCAACAUCUCAUAGUCCUGAAUCCCCCUCUGAUAGCGAUUCUGGAAUUGUAAAAACUGAAAUACAGGAUAAUGAAUCAGAUAUGGUGAGUCAGGAAUCUACUAAUGAUGAAGAAACACACAAUGCUGAUUCCGAAGAGGAAACUGCCAUGUCACAUACAUCUUCUCAUCCUAUGGAAGUUUAA